CGCAUGCGGACCCGUCCUUGGGGCGGGGCCGCGCGGGGAGGAGGGUCGGGGAAGGAAGCGCGGAGCACGGACCCCGCCCCUUCGCGGCCCCGCGCGUGACGUCGCAGGGGGUGCCGGCCUCCGCCGGGCCCGGAGUGCAGGCUCUCCCCGGAGGCUCAGCCCCCUCUGCUCCCCAUGGGCAACUGCCAGGCAGGGCACAACCUGCACCUGUGUCUGGCCCACCACCCACCUCUGGUCUGUGCCACUUUGAUCCUGCUGCUCCUUGGCCUCUCCGGCCUGGGCCUUGGCAGCUUCCUCCUCACCCACAGGACUGGCCUGCGCAGCCCUGACAUCCCCCAGGACUGGGUCUCUUUUUUGAGAUCUUUUGGCCAGCUGACCUUGUGUCCCAGGAAUGGGACAGUCACAGGGAAGUGGCGAGGGUCUCACGUCGUGGGCUUACUGACCACCUUGAACUUCGGAGACAGUCCAGACAGGAACAAGACCCGGAUAUUCCAGGCCACGGUCCUGGGUAGUCAGAUGGGAUUGAAAGGAUCUUCUGCAGGACAGCUGGUCCUUAUCACAGCCAGGGUGACCACAGAAAGGACUGCAGGAACCUGCCUGUAUUUUAGUGCCGUUCCAGGAAUCCUACCCUCCAGUCAGCCACCCAUAUCCUGCUCAGAGGAGGGGGCUGGAAAUGCCACCCUGAGCCCUAGAAUGGGUGAGGAGUGCGUUAGUGUCUGGAGCCAUGAAGGCCUUGUGCUGACCAAGCUGCUGACCUCGGAGGAGCUGGCUCUGUGUGGCUCCAGGCUGCUGGUCUUGGGCUCCUUCCUGCUUCUCUUCUGUGGCCUUCUCUGCUGUGUCACUGCUAUGUGCUUCCACCCGCGCCGGGAGUCCCACUGGUCUAGAACCCGGCUCUGAGGGCACUGGCCUAGUUCCCGACUUGUUUCUCAGACAGAAUCAUACACAUUCUUUUGUGGCUGACUUCUUUCAAGCAACAUUGUGAUUUUAAGACUCACCCAUAACUAGUUCGCAUCCAAGCAUUUGGGUAACAAUGGUGAGUUAAGAGGGUUCGCAUUUGAUGAUUCGUCCUGGAUAUGAACCAUAUUUGUCUUGCUUUUGUCCUGAAAUUCCGAUACCCAGUUUUAUGAUGAAAAUGUUGUAAAAUUCAACUUGAACUGCUCAGAAGAGUCUCAUUGAUGAUACCCGUUUACUGGGGACGUAGUAUGUUCCCAAGAACUUGACAUGCACCUUCUCUCUUCCAUUUAGUCAUCAUUACCUUUAGAAAAAGCUGAUUCUGUUAACAAGAUCUUUGGAGGGAAUCAGCUUCACAAACAUAGCAAUGGGUGGGGGUCAUUAGGUUCACAUGUCAGCCCACUAAGGGAAAAAAUAUUUCUGCAAAACAUCUUCACUUGUCAGAGGGAGGGUGCAUGUAAUCUGAGAGCCAUGUUUUUAUGCAUCCAGCUCUUGAACUGGUCUCAGCUUCAGCUGGCUGUGGUGCCCUGGGAAGUUACUAUGGGAAAAGUGGAAAUAGUUCAGGCUCAGGAAACUGAUCAGGCCAGAGGAACUGGAAGCUCAAGAUCAACUCUGCUUAUUUUGCUGAUGGCUGGACCUAAAUGCCCCAGCCACCUACUUGGGACAGGAAAUGACAGGACCCUCUCAACCUUGGACUGGGAAAGGAGGGCUUCCUGCCCCUGGCACAUCCUGGAGUCCUGAGGCUACCUUAGUUGGGAUCAAAUGCCUGUAUUGGUCUCUAGCUGUCACUCCCUCUGCUCGUUCCUCCAUUUCUGCACACAUCUCAGAGCUUCCUCUAGCAGCUCUCCGACCUGUUUUGUUGUU